CAUUAGUGCACUCGUAGUGCAUCAGACAGGCCAUCAAAGGAGACGCGACAAAGAAGACGAAAAACACAAGACCGAAUACAUCGAAUCGAAUCGAAUCGAAUCGAAACCUGCUGCGGUGCAGAACAGACAUCUGUUUGCUGCCAAACGAUGCGCUCGGUGUUAAGAACAAAGAAUAGAACAGAAGACAACCGAAUAAAACCGAAACGAACAAAAUAAUACAGCGCAGCGCAAGAUUUUGGAAUUGAUUUCGAAUCGAUCUGAUUCGAUUCGUUUUGCCCCACGAUGAGGAAUGCUCAUCCAGCGYCCCAGCACGUGCAAUCGCCCCCGUUUUCGAGCAGCGCACCGUCGCCACGAAAGACGACGAAGCCGUCGCCAACAAGAGCAGCGACAGCGACAGCGGCAGCAGCAGCACCACCGGCCGGAGCAGCAAGAACCAAAGCACAAGCUCAAUCACAACCACGCAAACAAAACCAACCCGGUAGUACCAUUCGGCGCUUGCCGCAGAAACACACCCAGCGACAACUCGGCACCGUGCUGGUGUUGUCCCUGCUGGUMAACCUCUGGGUGGUGGCGCAGCUGUCCAUGGUCGGCUGGAUGGCGCCGGCUGUAACAUCCGGCACACACGGAAACCAACAGCAACAGCACCAACAAGACCCCAGAGAAACAAAGGCUCUCGGCCGGGAUCGCCGCAACCAGAUCGAUCCGUCUCGCCUGAUGGUGCGAAACGCACAGCUGCUAUCGCAAUACCAGAAGCAGCCCCUGGCAAAGCAAAGAGCCGCAGCGUCCGCCGGGGACGGACACGAUCACGAAACAAAAGGGAAGGCUGUUCUUUCUGCCGGCGGCCCGGAACCAGUGGUGGCGCAACAGCAGCACCCCGGGCAACGCCCCAAACAACAACCCAGGCAGCAACCUCUCGGAAAACAACUGCAAGACGAAACGGGCGGCGAUCCGGACCUCGUGCACAUUKUGCACACACGGUUCAUGCAGCACCAGGGAAACCUCACCACCCUGGGCCUCGCCCGCCUCGAGCAGUUUCUGGCCUUUUGUCUGCCGACGAUGGUCCACCAGACCACCCAGAACUUUUUCUGGAUCAUCAAGGUCGACCCGUUGCUGUACGAGGAGGGGUCGGACUCGCUCCGCCUCGUCUUUCGGCCCCUGCUGGAGGCGAUCGAGGCCUCGAGGCACGAGAACGACAACGCGAACAAUAUUUACCUGGUGGGAUCCAACUACAACCACAAUCUCCAGGGGCACGGCUCGUGGAGGGACGGGCAGGAAGGCGACGAGCUCCGGCUCGAGGGCUUGGCUCCGAUGAGCGCAAGCGCAAGCGCCACGGAAGCGGCGGCGGCUCGUGGGGACCACCACCGUGCCAACGGGACGGGAUCCGCGGUUCCCUCCAAGGGGUCGGCCCCGGUGUUUUCCGGCGACCUGGCCCGGCUCCGGAGGGCCCACGAGCUGAGAGAAUCGCUGCCGGUCCUGGAGACACGGCUGGACGCCGACGACGGAUUGCACCGCGGGUACCUCGAAAGGGUCCAGACCAUGGCCCUUCGGCGGUUCCUGGGAGGCCACGGAGACGGCGGCGGCGGCGACACCAACGGCACGAUGGCGGAUGCCCCGGCACCGCCCAGGCCCCGGUGGCUGUACUGGUGCAUACAAACCCAGAUCGAGUGGCACUCGGACAACAACAACGACUCUUUGGGCCGGCCGGGCACCGCUACGGAACCGAGGUACCACGGGAAUUCCACCCUCGGCUACCUGCGGGUCCUCCGGAACGACAAGUACUGCAUCACCCCGGGGAUCACGGUCGGGUACGGGGUCGGCCUGAAAAACACCACCGCGAACGUGCCGUGGUACCAGCACACCAAGAUGUGGGCCCACCUGCACAACAAGUACAAGUUUUGCCACUCGCACGAGGACCGGCACAAGACGCAAAAGGGCCCGUGCCUGGAACUCAUGGGGAAAGCCGGCGGCGAGAACCGCAGCGACGACGGCGGCGGCGGCGACGACCACGGGCACGGGGGCCAGGGGGAUGCCCGCAAGAAACGGCCGAGGGAACCCUUUGUGCUCCACGCGCUCCGUUCGAGAACCCUCACCUCCGCGGGAAUGCUGGGCAUCCUUCCGGGCAACAGCAGCAGCARCAGCAGCAAGGCAAAGACGAAGAGCGGCAGGCACAACCGGGAAGGCGAAAACGACCAAGCGAGCGAUUCGAACGACGAGGACCUCUCGGUGCGGAUGCAGGCGGUGAUGUGGAGGGUCCUGGCGCUGGACUUUGGGAUCGAUCCGGAGAGGGUGAGAAGCGCGCAGGAAUUCCUGAGCGAGCACCGCGUCGCGAUUGCCGAAGAGAACCGCCUGGGGCAGUGCACGGCCGGGCACUCGUGCAAGGACGAGGCGCGGGAGCGGCUGGAAACCAUUGUGCGGAACGGGGGAUGAACCAAACCAAACCAAACCAAACCAAAACAAACAAACCAAACCAUACCAAACAAACCAAACACGCCACGCCACGCAACGUGCGUGCGGUGCCGGAAGGAUUGGAUCCGUUCCCCAAAGUGCAUGCACCGCACGUCGUUUUGCGACCGUUGGCAGCUUCCACCUGCGCUCGAACGAACGGGGGGACCACCAAAUCGAUUGAUGCCGGCUCGUGGGCCGAACAGCAACACAGAUAGAGUAGAUAGAUACAAUGCAUCGUCGAGUAGUAGCAAUAGCAAUAGCGGUAGUAGUACAGUAGAUUGUAAAUGCCUAUCCAUCRCCAACACCGCGGACACAAAGACGGCGACGGAAGAAUACAUGUAGCACCGAGCA